AUGUCGACUCGAAAAUUUGAAUCUGGAAGUUCAAAAUUAAAAAAAAAGAAAAGAAUUGAUGCUUUAAUUGAAGCACAAAAAGGAGCUUUAGAUAAAUUUAUCAAAACAAACAAAAAAAGUAAAUUUGAAAACUUAGGUGAUUGUUCAUCAAAUGAACUAAUUAAUCAUGUAGAAACUAACAAUAUAGACAUAGACAACCAAAAUGAAAAUAUAGAUAAUUUUGUAGAAGAAGUUAACAAUAUAGACAAUGAUGAAAAUGACAAUAGUAAUUUAUUAACAGAAGAGCUUCAUAGUGUUGACGCCACUAAAAAUAUAUAUGAUCCAAGUCAAUGGAUAAAUAUUAGUACAAAUUUGAGAGAUUUAUUAGUAGAAAAAGGUCCGAUUAAAGUUACCGAUAUUGAUUUUCCUAAGGAUGAAUCCACAAGACACUUUUCUUCCUCAUUUUAUAUUCAAAAGUUGUCUAAUGGAGAAAAUCGUGAAAGAAGAUGGCUAAUAUAUUCUCAAGAUUUGAAUAAAGUAUUUUGUUUUUGUUGUAAAUUAUUUAAUAGUCUUUCUAGUACAAGCAAAUUAGCAAGUGAUGGUAUUUGCGAUUGGAAAAAUAUGGGUAAUACGUUGAGGAGUCAUGAGAUGAGUAAGGAACACAUUGUAAAUAUGAAUUCAUGGAUUGAUUUAGAAAUGAGAUUGUUAAAAAAUAAAACAAUUGACACACAUGUUCAAGAUCAAAUAAAUAGAGAUAGAGAACAUUGGAGAAAUGUAUUGUUAAGAAUAAUUGCGGUUGUUAAAACUCUUGGAAAAAAUAACUUAGCAUUUCGCGGAACAAAUGAAAAGAUUUACCAAGAACAUAAUGGAAAUUUUUUAAGUCUAAUUGAAAUGAUUGCUGAAUUUGAUCCUAUAAUGCAAGAACACAUUCGCCGAAUUAAAAAUAAUGAAAUCCACAAUCAUUACCUUGGACAUAGGAUACAAAAUGAGUUAAUAAAUAUUUCUUCUACUUCAAUACAAAUAGUUGAACAUUUUGUGAAAUUUUUAAUAGUAAAUGAUACAACUGGAAAAGGUAUUUUUGAUGCAAUUGUGAAUGAAAUAAAUACUAUUGGAAUUGAUAUUAGUAACUUAAGAGGGCAAGGUUAUGAUAAUGGGUCUAAUAUGAAGGGAAAACAUCAAGGUGUGCAAAAAAGAUUUUUAGACAUUAAUCCUAGAUCAUUUUAUACUCCGUGUGGUUGUCAUAGUUUAAAUUUAGUAAUUUGUGAUAUGGCUAGUUGUUGUCCUAAAGCUACAUCUUUUUUUGGAGUAUUACAACGCAUAUAUACACUAUUUUCUUCUUCUACUAAAAGAUGGAAAAUUCUACAAGAUCAAAUUCCCAACCUAACACUUAAAUCAUUGUCACAAACACGUUGGGAAAGUCGUAUUGAAAGUGUAAGAGCUUUGAGAUUUCAAACUUCACAAGUAAGAGAUGCUUUAUUAAAAUUGUCUGAAAUGACCGAUGAGGCUAAAAUUAAAAGUGAAGCAGAAUGUUUAGCGACUUAUGAACUUGAAAAUUUCGAGUUUUUGCUAGGCAUGACUAUCUGGUAUGAGAUAUUGUUUGCAGUAAACUCUGUUAGUAAAAAUAUGCAAUCAAAUGAUAUGUGUAUUGAUGUUGCUAUAGAUCAGCUAAAAGGUCUUGUUUCAUUUUUUGAAAAGUAUAGGGAAAAUGGAUUUGAAAAUGCUUUGAUUUCUACAAAAGAAAUUGCUAUUGAAAUGAAUAUAGAACCUAAAUUUCGUGAAAAACGUAUUAUUCGUAGAAAGAAACAAUUUGAUGAGAUUAUAGACAAUGAAGUUAUAAAAUCACCUGAAGAAUCAUUUAAAACAGAUUAUUUCUUAUAUAUAAUAGAUCAAGCAAUAACUUCGUUUCAAAGUAGAUUUGAACAAUUUAAAAUAUAUUAUGAUAUUUUUGGUUUUCUAUUUAGUAUUAAGAUAUUAAAAUCCAUUGGCAUUGAAAAUUUAAAAGAAAAUUGUUUUAACCUUGAAAAAUCAUUGAAACAUAACGCCGAAUCUGAUAUUGAUGGAUUAGAUUUAUUUAUGGAACUAAAAGUUUUAAGAGAAAUAAUACAAGUGGAAAAUGAUACUCCAAUUGACAUACUUAAUUAUAUAAAGAGACUUGAUUCUUUUCCAAAUGCAUAUAUUGCUUAUAGAAUAAUGUUAACAAUUCCUAUUACUGUUGCGUCUGCCGAAAGAACUAUUCAAGAAUCCAACAAUCUUAAAACCAUGAAAUUGCAAGAUUUGGUUGGUUUGUUGGAGGCACAUUAG